UCACGUCACAGCGAACACCACCACUUGCUGCCAAACUCAAUCUGCAAAACAUCUGCGAAAAUGAAGUGGCUCCUGUUGUGUUUCCUCGUCCUCAUUGCCACUGCACAAGCACACAAGAAUCACAAAAGUCGGGUCGUCGAGUUGACAGAUGCUAACUUAGAUGAAUUGGUGUCGAACGGUCGAUGGGUUGUCGAAUUCUAUGCCAAUUGGUGCGGCUUCUGCAACAAAUUUGCGCCCGAAUAUGAGAAUCUUGCUCGAGACGUUGCGAAAGAGCUGCCAACGGUACGCGUUGGACGCGUAGACAUUGACCAGAAUCCCGCAGCUACAUCGCGCUUCAUGGUCCAACGACUUCCAUCGCUGUAUUUUGUUGAUAAUCAGCAAGUUCGUUCGAUGGAAGUGACCCGGCAAGCCAGCAGUAUUCUGGAAUAUCUGAAAGAGGAGAAGUGGCAGGCAGAAAAACCUUGGAACCAGUGGUUGUCGCCUUUCUCGAUAGGAAUGAAGCUGUUGGGUGCUGUGGGAUCAUUUGGACAAAAAAUUGUUUCCCUCACCAGUCAUUUUAAGGAUACGGUCCCUGCUUGGGGGUUUGUUGCUAUUGGCGCCGGGGUUUUGCUGGUGCUAGCGGUACUCGGCCGAGUACUUGCACCCGCACAGCCGUCCCCUAUUCAGCCUCUUAAGGAAGCCAAAAAGACCCAAUAAAUUAUGUCCCCACGUCUCAGCCUACUGAUGGCCUUAAUACUAGAACACAUCCCGGGCUUGGGGCCAUUUACAGCCAAGGAGUGGAUUAGUGCCAUCCACUUUAAACGGCCGACAAUGCCUUAAAUUGUUCGAAUACUCAUUAGCUUAUAGCAGUUUUGUUGCCAUGGA